AUGGGCAACAACGCUUCGCUUCCCAGAGACUUCACCGCACGGCACUUGUCGUUCCAGGAGCGCACCGUCACGACUCGAUGGACUGCAGCAGAGAUGCGACUGCUGCGUGAGACGUUCAAAGGCCUCGCGAAGUCGACGGGCGGCACGAGCGUCGACAAGAAGACGUUCCUCACGUGUUUUCCCAUGCGUGGCCUCCUCGGGGAGCGGCUGUUUGCAGUCAUUGACAGGGACAGCUCCGGGGCCAUCGACCGCCACGAGUUCAUCAACGGCCUCGCGAUUCUCUUUCGCGGGUCUCGAAACGAGCAGCUCAAGUUCAUGUUUGACCUCUACGACCUCAGCGGCACCCGCUCCAUCUCCCGAUGCGAGCUCAAAACGAUGCUGUACCAGUUCCCGUUGUCAGCGUUCGAGUCCAUCCAGCUGACAACCGACUGCCGAGACGUCAGCAAGUGGCCCGGGACGUUGACGCCAUGCAACGUGAGACACGUGAUUGAGGCGUUAGUCGAGUCGGCGUUUUCAUCUUCAUGGCCAUCAAGCACACGCCUCAACUUUGACCAGUUCUGUCACUGGUGGGAGAACACCGCAGGCGUCGCGAACUUCAUGCUGAGUGUCCUGCCUGUAGAACAUCACGCUGUCCGAGAUGCUGCACAAAGCCGUUUUGCCGCACAGGCAGACGCAAUGGCCUUUGUCGACAGACCGGGUCGAAAGGAGCUGGCAAUGACUUGCACUGUACUGCCGAAAGCUUUUCCCACUUGCCAUGUCGACAGUGUGACGAUAGCGUGGCCAGUCCAAACAGCAGUAGCUCGCGUGGACGACUCGUGCCGGAUCACCGGUGCUCUGUGGAAACGCGGAUCACGUCUCCGCAAGAUGAUCAAGCGCCACUACGUCUUGCGGGGCAAUUUCCUGUACUCUUACGCCUCAUCGGACGAGCCAGCGCCCCGUGAAGUGACCUUCUUGAGCAACUGUUACGUAAGCAUGCAGCCACUGCAGCGCGAGGUCGUCGAGAAUGGCGUGCACUACUUCGGCAUCGACAUUAUCCCCGAACCAGGUAGUGCGCGUGACAAGCGAACCGUGUUUGCCCGCUCGCAAGACACGCAGCAACAAUGGGCAGCUGCCUUGCACCAGGCGACCGAGAAGAUCUCGAUCGAUGAAGUGUACAGCGUUGGCGCGCAACUUGGCCGUGGACGGUUUUCCAAGGUAUGCGAAGCCACGCACAACCACACGGGCGUCAAGUCGGCCGUCAAGAUCAUUGACAAGAGCACGUUGAGAAGCCACGAGAAGGAGCUGUUGCGGACGGAGAUUGCCAUCUUGAAACUCGUGCAGCAUCCACACGUCAUCCGGCUGCACGAUGUGUACGAAGACCGGCAGCAUAUCUUUAUUGUCAUGGAACUCGUGUCGGGCGGUGAGCUCUUCAACCGGAUCGCCAAGCGAGUGCGAUACACAGAAGCGGAAGCUCGUCUUGUCAUGUACCAGCUGCUCGAAAGCGUGCAGUACUUGCACCAACUAGGUAUCGUGCAUCGAGACCUCAAGCCCGAGAACAUACUCUGCGGUGACGCCCUGACCGAUGUCAAGAUUGCAGACUUCGGGCUAUCCAAGCUUGUGUGCCCGGACGAGCUCAUGAAAGUGCCUUGUGGAACGCUGAACUAUGUGGCCCCAGAGGUGCUCGCUCUUACGGGCUAUGGACGCGAAGCUGACCUCUGGUCGCUCGGGGUCAUCAUGUACUUGCUGCUUCGAGGUGAGCUUCCUUUCAGCGGAAGGACCAAAGGCGAUGUCAUCCGGAAAACUUUGCACGCAGUCGUUGACCUCGAGACAGAUCGGGCUUGGAGACGCGUAUCGGUCGCAGGAAAGAAUCUGCUGCGGGGUCUGUUGACAAAAGACCCCGCGAGUCGUCUCACCGCUCAAGAUGCGUUGGUGCACGACUGGUUUCGCAGUGACUUGCUGUGA